AGACUGCAAAAAGCCAAGUAAACUGCUGCAGAAACCAUAUAUGGGCACGGGAGGUGUUAGCUGCUUCUCCUGGAUGUACAGACAAGAGCCAGUGGAAGACCUGUUCAUUCCGAUUGCUCCUUCUAGGCAUCUAUUCAAAGCUUCUCCCCCUCCGCCCCCCCUCCCCACUUUCCUUUCACUGGGAUUUCUGUCUUAUUAAGCUGUCUCGGAAUGUGUGGAUUUUGGCUUUUGGCACGUUAAGUUGUUUUCUGAUUUUUUUAGAUUGCUUUCUGGAUGUAUCUCUUUAUUUUUUGGCUGUGAAUGUAAAUUUGGAGUCUUGCUGGAGCUGCUGGCUACACAGGCUUCCUUAACAACAAAGCAUUUAUUCUUUAAGCGAAGGUACUGCAAAAUGCUUCAAUUCAGCAUCGCUCCGUCCUUUUAUUAGGCUCCCUCGAAUAUUUAUGAUUGCUGAUCCUGGACACAUGUACAAGUGCUGCUGUACCAGCAGCUGCACUUCCGCUCAUCGCCACUGGGGGAGCAUGUGCACCAGUUUUCGAGCAGGCAGCACAUUAAAGUUCCAACCUGUGCAAGAGGAAAACAGGGCUCUCUCCUGCUAGAAAGCAGAGCAGACGGGAUCCAGGAGAUAAAGGAGAAAAGCCCUGCUUCACUGAGCACUGCAGCCACAUCUGGGGACCAGGAGCCGGCACUGAUAGCCCGGGUCAAUAUUCCGUCGAGAAAAUCCAGGAUCGCUGGGAUUAUGACACUGACAGCGAAGGCUAAGCCUCCAUUCACACACACACACGCUGCAUGUGCAUUUCUGGGCUCUGUGGCUGGAUCUUCCAGGGAGUAGUUGCCUCCAGAUGAUGAGAUUCUUAUUGCCUGGAGAAGAAUAAAGGGGCAGUGUAUGGGAUGCUGCUGGAGACAGAGCAGGGAUUCUUCCUGUGGAAUGAGGCAAGAACAUUCAGAUUGCAGAGAUCCAGUGCUGCAAGGAGACCUGGAUAUAGACCUGCGACUAACUGGAUUUGAUUUAUAAGAAAGCGAUGUGCAGUAAAUGGCAGUUCUUCUGAUAUUGCUACUAUGGAAAACAGUAUUGUCAAUAGAAUGUAUCCUGAUAAAUAGUGCUUAGUGAAGAUGCUGCUUCAGUGAGUGCGAAAUCAAUGGAAGAUUCCUACUGCGUGAAAACCCUUCUGAGAUUUUCCUGGCAGGAUCACAUUUGACAAACCUGAUACAUUUCCUUUUGAUUGCCCUGUUUUACACAAGUGGAUACAAAUAACAUUGCUUUCCUCUGCAACUAAUGUGGGACUAUGGCAUUUCCAAGGUCCAUUCGGCUGAACUGUUUUUGGAGAGUAGCACGGUUGCGUCUGCUACCCAUGGGAUUGGAUGUCAUGUUUCCUUUAUGUAUAUUUGGAUUUUUACUUCACAUUUCAACUGUAUACUCACAAAAACUGGAUGAUGUGGACCCCAUAGUUACAACGACUUAUGGAAAAGUACGAGGUGUUAAGAAGGAACUAAAUAAUGAAAUACUAGGGCCUGUUAUUCAGUUCCUUGGUGUUCCUUAUGCUGCUCCUCCAGUAGGGGAGCACCGUUUCCAGCCACCUGAACCGCCAACAACUUGGGGAGAUAUAAAAAAUGCUACACAAUUUGCACCAGUUUGUCCCCAAAACAUUGUGGGAGGCAGACUUCCUGAAGUCAUGCUUCCUGUUUGGUUCACCAACAACCUGGAUGUAGUUUCUUCCUAUGUGCAAGACCAGAGUGAGGACUGCCUGUAUUUAAAUAUAUAUGUUCCAACUGAGGAUGUAAAACGAAUAUCCAAGGAAUGUGUCCGGAAACCCGGCAAGAAAAUAUGUAGAAAAGGAGGUCCCCUUACAAAGAAACAGACAGAUGAUUUAGGUGAUAAUGAAGGUGCUGAAGAUGAAGACAUCAGGGAUAGUGGAGGUCCCAAGCCUGUGAUGGUCUAUAUUCAUGGUGGUUCCUAUAUGGAAGGCACUGGUAAUUUGUUUGAUGGAAGUGUCCUAUCAAGUUAUGGAAAUGUUAUAGUCAUCACCGUCAACUAUCGCCUUGGGGUGCUUGGUUUCCUUAGCACCGGGGAUCAAGCAGCAAAGGGAAAUUAUGGCCUUCUUGAUCUCAUUCAAGCCUUACGUUGGACUAGUGAAAACAUUGGAUUCUUUGGUGGUGAUCCUUUAAGAAUAACAGUUUUUGGAUCUGGUGCUGGUGCAUCAUGUGUCAAUCUUUUGACUUUGUCCCAUUAUUCAGAAGGUAACCGUUGGAGCAAUUCAACCAAAGGUCUCUUUCAAAGGGCAAUUGCACAAAGUGGAACUGCCCUGUCCAGUUGGGCAGUUAGCUUUCAGCCUGCCAAAUAUGCCCGCAUUUUAGCAACUAAAGUUGGAUGCAACAUGACUGAUACUGUAGAACUUAUAGAAUGUCUACAGAAGAAACCUUACAGAGAACUUGUGGACCAAGACAUACAGCCAGCAAGGUAUCACAUAGCUUUUGGACCAGUAAUAGAUGGUGAUGUAAUUCCUGAUGACCCUCAGAUUCUUAUGGAACAAGGUGAAUUUCUCAAUUAUGAUAUCAUGUUGGGUGUAAACCAAGGAGAAGGACUCAAGUUCGUGGAAAGUAUUGUAGACCAUGAGGAUGGCAUCUCUGCAAGUGACUUUGACUUCGCAGUUUCCAAUUUUGUUGAUAACUUAUAUGGAUAUACAGAAGGAAAAGAUAUAAUGAGGGAAACCAUCAAAUUUAUGUAUACUGAUUGGGCAGAUCGACACAAUCCUGAAACAAGAAGAAAAACAUUGUUGGCGUUAUUCACUGACCAUCAGUGGGUUGCGCCAGCAGUUGCAACUGCAGAUCUGCACUCAAAUUUUGGUUCUCCUACAUAUUUUUAUGCCUUUUACCAUCAUUGCCAAUCAGAUCAAGUGCCUGCUUGGGCAGAUGCAUCCCAUGGGGAUGAGGUCCCCUAUGUAUUUGGAAUCCCUAUGAUUGGACCUACAGAGCUUUUUCCAUGCAAUUUCUCCAAAAAUGACCUUAUGCUAAGUGCAGUAGUAAUGACAUAUUGGACAAACUUUGCUAAAACUGGAGACCCAAAUCAACCUGUUCCACAAGAUACAAAAUUCCUCCACACAAAACCAAAUCGUUUUGAAGAAGUUGCUUGGAAUAGAUAUUCGCAAAAGGACCAACUUUAUCUCCACAUUGGAUUAAAACCAAGGGUUAAAGAACAUUAUAGGGCUAACAAAGUAAACCUUUGGCUAGAACUUGUUCCACAUCUUCAUGUUAUUAAUGAUCUCACCACGACUAAAGGGCCAUCUACAGACAUCACUUCUAGACCAACCAGGAAAAUCCUUGUACCUGUAACUUCAGCCUUCCCUACAAUCAACGAAGAUAACUUCAAACAACAGCCUAGUCCUUUUUCAUUGGAAAGAGACUAUUCUACUGAGUUGAGUGUAACUAUUGCUGUUGGAGCAUCUCUUCUAUUUCUUAAUAUUUUGGCAUUUGCUGCAUUAUAUUACAAAAAGGAUAAAAGGAGACAUGAUGUGCAUAGGAGAUGUAGUCCUCAGCGCAACACUACAAAUGACAUAGCCCAUGCACAAGAAGAAGAAAUUAUGUCUCUGCAAAUGAAGCACACAGACUUGGACCGUGAAUGUGAAUCCAUCCAUCCUCAUGAGGUUGUUCUUCGAAAUGCCUGUCCUCCAGACUACACUCUAGCAAUGCGAAGAUCCCCAGAUGAUAUUCCCUUAAUGACCCCUAAUACUAUAACAAUGAUUCCUAAUACUAUACCAGGGAUACAGCCCAUACAUGCCUUUAAUACUUAUACUGCAGGACAGAAUAACACACUUCCCCAUCCACACCCACAUCCGCAUCCACAUUCACAUUCUACAACCAGAGUAUAGCCAGACUAGACGGAAUACAGACUUUAUUUUUGAUGUAUUACAGUAGUUGACCUUAUUGGAAAUUUCUUGGAUUUUCAACCCCACAGGACUUGUAUUAUUUAAACAUGGAGGAUUACAAUGUGCAUAAUGCAUAUAAAUAUAAAACAAAAAAACAAAAAACACAUUUUGAAAUUUUGGAAAAAAAUGUAAAUAAUCGAAGACGGACAACAGCAGCAAUUGAAAUAAUUGUUGUUAAUGAUACUGUUUUUUUAUUCAUAUUCAACUUUUUUUAGGAUUUAAGUUACAAAUUGGCUUUAGGCAUGUGCUACAAAAAAAGAGAGGACAAAGACUUAAAUGUAUUUAUAUGCACAAGGGACUCACACAUGGAAUGUCUGAUAUUUUUCACCAUUUUCUUUUAUUUUUUUUAAUUUUUUGUUUGUUUUGAACUGUUUUAUUGUGUAGAUCAUAUAUAAGUGCACAAAGCACCAAUGCUGUUAAGGCCUUAAAAUUGGGCCCUAUUCUAUUAACUGCCAAUAGAACAAAAGAGGUUUUAAGCCUGGCAGGUAUAACAUUAUCACUUAAGUGCUGUCACUAUCAAUUAUGGGAAUAAAGGAUAUUGGAUAUUUUAAGCACGAAGUGCAUGAUAAUUUGUAUGCUUGGUGGCUGUACUGCGGAAUAAGCCACUAUUAAAAUUUGUUCUCAUCCCAUUAGAUUUUUUCCCCCAUUUUAUUAAGGAAUACAACAUCAAUUGGCAAACUUUAAGGAUUUGUUUUAUAUAUAUAUAUAUAUUUUUUUUUUUCUUAAGGGAUAGUUAGCGUGUUCAAAUUCCAAUAAUUAAUUGUAUUGUCCUCAGUUUUAAUCUGAGCUAGAAAUAAAAGGUGCAUAUUUUAUGUUAGAAAUAGCAAGAGAAAACCCUUACUGGUGUGAAUCCCAAAGGAUAUAUGUAUUUAAAGAUAUAUACAAUUUUUGUUCAUUCUGAACAAUUUCUAAAAGUAUAUGUUUUCUGGUAAAUGAGAAUGAUUUUAUAUGGUAUAGCUGAGAUCUGAUGCAAUUGAUAAUAAUGGUAAGUAACAAUGCGUCCAAAGAAAACUUGAGUAAUUGUCCCACUACUGAUAUUUUUUUAACAUGUUUCUCAUGUUGCAUGUCCACGUGUGGAAAAUUUUUAUUUUUUUUCUUUACUACUGUAAAUUUCUUUUAUAUUGAUGUUACCUCACAGCAGUAUAUAAGUAAAAUGUAUACAUAUGUAGAUACCAAGAAUACACUAUUAUGAAGGGUGCCAACAAAAUUUAUAAACCCAGUUCUGCCUCUGUAAUUUUAUACUACUAUUAUCCAAACACAAAAAAAUAUGACUUUCCCUCUUGUCUAUCAGGAAAGGUAUUUAUCACAGUCUUUUCAAGGUGUUUGUAUAUGUAUCAGAUGUACAUUUAUAUGGAAAAUGAUAGAGGUGGACUUAAGAGCACAUCACGAAGAAAUUAUUUCUCUCUUACCUGUAUAUUUCUAUUAGACAACAGUUAAUGUGCUUUUCUUUUUUUUUUCUCUUUUUAUUUCUUUUUUCUUUUCUUCCUUUGUUUUUUGUUUUUUUACAUUU